GAAAUAGCCCCGAGUAAUAUAGAAACUUGAUUUAUGAAUGUCAAUUGGGACAAAUCUUACGAUUUUUGAACAUGAUUUUCUAGCUUAUUGUCCGAAAAAUCCCAACGCUCAAAGAGGAGGCAACUACGCAUUGAUUAAAACCAAUCUCCAGCUUUCGAUGCUGAAUGCUUCGAGGCAUUGCGUUGAAAACGAAAACGGCAAGCUCCCUGAUGUGCUUGAAAGUAAACUUUUUGCAUCUUUCAUGUUGGAACAACCGUCGUUUACUUUUUGGACAAGUCUGGAAAAACCUUUGCGAAGUGCCUGUUCAGGCCUUAGUUGCGAAAACAGUAGCGAGCUUCUCUGGGGCGAUGGAUCUAUGUUGAGCAAUCCCGAGGAGUUACCCAUCGAGUUGGAAGCAACUGGAAGUUGUGCAAAAUUGAUCAUUUCUGCCACUGCAUCAGAUAAUUUCAAAGUGAUGACGGAAGAUUGUGAUGCAUUAAUUGAUGUUGUAUGUCUCGUGCAGUGUCGCUUUUCAGCCCCUGCGACUUGCCCUGCAUCUCAUCCUGUAGCCUUAAAUAAUGGCUUGAAUUGUUGCAAGGAUUUCAGGAAAAUGUUCAAACCCUCAGUUGACCCUACUUGUGAUGCCUCAGAAGUUAAUUUGAGUGAUAAGGUGGAGUGUUGUGCGGAUGCCGUGGCUUGUGAAGAUCAGGUCAACGGUUGCGAAAGUGCUCAAUUCUCAAGACACUUCUGUCCCACUCAACCUCAUUUGAAGAGAUAUGGCGACUCGGCAAUGCACCUAAAUCUAUCUGUAAAGCUUAAUCACUCGGCCAUGGCGGACUAUUGUUUGGACAACUAUCAAUAUUACUUACCUAUGCUCAAAACACCGUGGGAUUUGGAUGCUUUUGAAGUUUCAACACGUAAGCUAACAUAUGUGCAUGAAUCUUCUAUCAAAAUAAUCAGGAGACACAAGUAUACAGACAAAACGUAUUGGUGGCAUCCUUAACGUAUGUUAAUACAGUUGGUACUUGGUCACCACUCAAUGAGAGCCAAUUAGCAGGUAGCCUCGUGUAAGUACGUGAAAUGUGUUCAGAUCUAGUGUAAUCAUAUGGCCACCAUAUUUCUAGGGGUUAAUUUUUGAAAGGCACUACUUACUUACCCACA